CGAGGGAAGACGAACCCCUUCGGCAAUUUCCGCCACCGGAGCCCCGAUGAUUUCCGACUGCGCCCAAGGAAAACGCCGAGCCUCUUCGAUGAGAAUGAAGAUUUCCGGAAGCUUGCAGAAACAGAAAUUGCUUCCUGUGAGGAAGAGAUAGCUGAACUGAAACAACAGAUAGUGUUGCUUUUGAUUCCUUCAGAAGAAGCAGAUGAGAGUGAUCUUGUCAUGGAAGUAACUGCUGGAGUUGGAGGGCAGGAAGCCAUGCUGUUCACCUCGGAAAUAUUUGAUAUGUAUCAACGAUAUGCUGCUUAUAAAAAGUGGAAAUUUGAAGUAUUAGAAUACUUUCCCAGUGAAAUAGGUGGCCUAAGACAUGCAGUAGCCAGUAUAGCAGGUGUUGAGGCUUACAAAUACAUGAAGUACGAAGGAGGAGUGCAUCGUGUUCAGCGGGUACCAAAGACAGAAAAACAAGGACGCAUUCACACCAGCACAAUGACUGUUGCCAUAUUGCCCCAACCUACUGAGAUGAGGCUGCAAAUUAGUCCGAAAGAUCUACGGAUAGAAACAAAGCGAGCUAGUGGAGCUGGAGGCCAGCAUGUCAAUACCACAGACAGUGCUGUACGGAUAGUUCACAUUCCAACAGGGAUUGUGUCUGAAUGUCAGCAAGAAAGAUCCCAAAUUAGAAACAAAGAGAAAGCUAUGCAAAUGCUGUGUGCUAAACUAUACAAUGCCAAACUAGAAGAAGAAAACAAAAAGAGAAACAGUGCUCGGAAGAUUCAAAUUGGGACUAAAGGAAGAUCAGAGAAGAUCAGAACAUACAACUUUCCACAGGACCGGAUUACAGACCACAGAAUAAGCAGAUCAGUGCAUCAUGUUGAGUCUUUCAUGCUAGGGGAAGAAAUGCUUGAUGAAAUGAUACAAACUCUGAGAGAAUAUGCUGAUUAUGAAUCUCUAAUGGAAAUUAUUUCAGAAAAUGAAAAAAAGCAUUCCUCCUGAACAUUGUUAUUUCUCAGGCCACUACAACCGAUAUAGACCUUGGUCUACAAAGAAGUUUCUCAGAGCACCCCCCAGAGAAUGGAACGUCUUUUCAGGUCAUGAAAAACAUCACAACUUGUUUCCUCGUGAAUAUGAAAACGUUUUCUUACUUGCUGAGUAAAAGACUUUAUUAUCUUAUAUAAGACAUUAUUGCUGCAGUAGUCCUUUUGAAAAGUUAAUUUGACUGCAGCAGAAGUAACAGCAGUUCUACUGAGAACUGAUACACCACUCUCAAAAGGUAUGCAUGUAUUAAAAAGGAGUUAUUUCUAGUUCCAGUUUUCAUUUAAACUAUGAUUUAACCAUCACACAACAGUGUGAAAUAGUUUGCUUGAGAGAACAAAAAAAAUAUUAUUUUAUUUGAGUGAUUGGAAAAUGUGAUAAAUAAAUGACCCCACUCUGUCUAUCCACAUAUUUAUUUAUCACUUAUAUGUGUCAUGGGAAAGGGAGCCAAAGUGUGUCUCUGUCAUGUUUUCAAGGCCUUCUGGCCCUUAUUUAUAAACACUAAACAAGCUUAAGAAUACCCCUUCUUCAAGAAAAAAAAUGCCAUGGAAGCCAAGUGAUUCUGAAUCAUGUGGACAAACAAAUGUUUCUGUUCUUGAGUCAAAAAUGGAAAUAAUUGUUACAAUAUUGUUCAGCUGAUAUUUUAGUAUCCACUUGACUUCAGUUUCUCCUUUAUGGUUUUAGUUGACUGUCCAAGUUAUUGAUCUUCUAAAAGUUAUGUGCUGUGACUGGCACUUGGCUGGUUUUGUCUGUUUAUUUAAAAGCACUUUAAAACACUCAAUAUCUUUAUUUGUUUUGGGUUUUUGGUUUUGGUUUUUUUUCCCUAGUAAAUACUGCAUGGUAACUAU